AUUAUUGAUUUCUAGUUUCAUACCACUGUGUAUAGAAAAGAGGCUUGAUAUUGUUUUCUUAAAUUAGUUAACUGUUUUGUGCCCUAACAUAUUUAUCCUGGAGAAUGUUUCCCUUGUGCUUGAGAAGAAAGUGUAUUCGGCUGCCAUUGGAUGUAGUGCUGUGUGUGUCUGUGAGGUCUGUUUGAUCCAAAGUAUAGUUCAAGUCCAUUAUUUCUGUAUUGAUUUUGGUCUGGAUGAUCUAUUGUUUAGAGUGGGGAUAUUUAAGUCCUCUAUUAUUAUUGCAUUGCUGUUUAUUUCUACUUUCAGAAAUGUGAAUUAUUGUUUAAUGUACUUAAGUUCCCUGAUAUUGGAUGCAUAUAUAUUUGUAAUUGUUACAUCCUCUUGAUGAGUUGAUUUGUCAUUAUAUAAAGACCUUCUUUGUCUCUUAAUACAGUUUUAUACUUAAAGUAUAUUUUGUUUGAUAUGAGCAUACAAUUAUUUCUGCUCUCUUUUGGUUUCCAUUUGUGUGGAAUAUCUUUUUCCAUCACUUCAUGUUUAGCUUAUGAAUGUCCUUGGAGCUUAAGUGAGUCUCUUGUAGGCAGCAUAUCAUUGAGUCUUUUUUUUUCCAGUUACUCAACUGGAGAAUUUAAAUCAUUUACAUUUAAAGUAAUUAUUGGGUACAUAAGGACUUACUAUUACAGUUUUGUUGUUUUCUGAUUUUUUGUAGUUUUUUUCUUUCUGUCUUUGUGAAUUGAUUAUUUUUAAAUUGUGGUAUAUUUUCUUUUCUAUUUAUCACUUGCAUAUCUAUUAUAGGUUUCUUUUUGUGAUUACAUGAGAUUUAUAUAAAACACCUCAUAUUUAUAAGAGUCUAUUUUAAGCUGAUAACAACUUUACUUCAUUUGCAUAAAAAGUUCCACACAUUUACUUGCACCCCCAUUUUACAUUUUUGGUGUCCCAAUUUACAUCUUUUUAUAUUGUGUAUCCAGUAACUAUGGUUAUUUUCAACAUUUCUGUCUUUUAACUUACACACUAUGAUUUACAUAUUCUUUAGCUCCUGAAUUUGUUUGAUUCUCUUUUAUGAUUUCUAUCCCUUUGUUGAACUUCUUGCUUUUUUAUUGUUUCCUUGAGUUCAUUGAGUUGUCUAUGUUUCCUAGAAUCUUGUUGAGCUUCUUGAAAAUAAUUAUUUUGAGUUCUUUUUCAGGUAUUUAUGUGGGGCCAGCUACUGAAAAAUUAUUGUGUUCCCUGUGUGUCAUGUUUUGAUGUCCUUUGUCUACUAAUUUUAUUAUCUGUAUCAUUUCUGAAUCAGUUUCAAUUGAUUAAACUAAUUUCUCUUCAUUAUGAAUUGUGUUUUCCUGCUUCUUUAAAUAUCUAGUAAUUUUUUAUUGAAUGCCACAUACUGUAGAUUAUACUUUGUUGGUAUCAGAUAUUGUUGUAUAUCUACAAAUAUUUUUCAGCUUUGUUCUUUGACUCAAUUAUAUUAUUUGCAAACAGUUAAUCCUUUUGGGUCUUAUUUUAACCUUUGUUAGGUCUCAUUUUUCCUCACAAUUGAGGCAAAACCCUUCGAAGUAUACUACUUGAUUUUCAGUGAAUUAGGAGACUUUCCAUGGUUGCUGUUUGAGACAAGCACUAUGUCAAUCCUUGUGUGAGUGCCAGGACUAUUCUCUUCAAUCCUUUCAGGUUAUUUAUUUCCCCAUCCUCAUCUAGUUUCCUCACAUGCAUGAGGUUAUCUAUUUUCAGCUGAAUACUCAGAUCCUCUACAAAUUUCCAGAAUUCUCUCUCUGUGCAGUUCUCUCCUCACCAAUACUCUACCCUGUGAAUUCCAGAUGCCGUGGGCUCCAUGGAUUCCCAGGACUAUCUCCUUAAUCUGGGGACACUUUUGGCUUCUGCCUUGAUACUCUCCCUGUACCAUUGGCCAAAAGCUUUUUCCAGUAAGCUGAAGUUCCAUUGUUUGUUUCCUAUCUUUCUGGGGUCAUUUUACUUUUUUGCCUAAUAUCCAAUGUGUAUGAAACAAUUGUUUCAUAUAUUUUGUUUGGUUUAUAGUUAUUUUAGGUGGGAGAGUAAAUCCAGGUUAGAAGUGAAAGUUCAAAUGCCUGGAUUCUUUUAACAAUAUGAGAUCAUAUACAUGAGAGCCCCUUUGAAAAGAAAAUCAUUACCUAAAUGUGUGAAAAAUUUUAUAGUUCUAUUAAUAGGCAAGAUGUAUAUCAGUUACCUAUUAUGUAUACAUAUAUUUCCCAGGAAUAUGUGUAUAAAUCUGCUAGGAAACUGAGUUUCUGAAUCAACAGAGGCACUCUUUCCAUUUGGAACAAAUAUCUAACAUUCCCACAGUUACUGUACUCUUGUCUUAACAUCUUGCCCAUAUUCAUCUGAGACUGUUUGGUAUCCUCAUUUCCAUUUUUCCUGUUUUCAGAAUUCUUUUCUUACUACAUAGUAGGGCAAAUUUCCAAGAUGUGAAGGCCCCAGGUAUGGCUAUUCCUUGUAUAUAUCCCAGAUUCUGUCUUGACCUCUCCGUCCCCCCUCCAGGGAGGCUCUCUGUACCAGAUCUCACUUUUUUCACUAACUUUCAUUAACAAUAAAGACUAAGAUAAAUGAAACUAAUGGGAUAUGCAAUAAUCUAUAAUAAUAUUUAUGAUUUAUUCAGCAUCUACCAUAUGCCAGAUGUUCUGUAUAUUUUCUUUAAUUCUCUUAAAACUACUAUGAGGAAGAACUUAGGGAAUCAGAGAAGGCUUUGCAGAAGGAAUGCUUUCUCAGUUAUUAUGAAGGAUGAAUAGGAGUUAGGUGAUAGGAGGCAUGGAGUAGAUCAGGUAGAUGUUCCAGACAGAAGGAACGGAAUAAGAUAGAACUUGGAGGCGAGAAAGCAUGUGACUAGUUUGAGGAACACAGUUCAGUUUGGCUGAAAAACAGAAAGUGGAGAAAGAAUGAGGAAGAUCAGGGGAAGGUGAGAGAUGAUAAGAGAUGAAACUAGAGAGAGAAAAAUAGACUGAUGGACUUGUAAAUGAUAUUUUUUCUGAGAGCAAUGGAAAAUUCUCAUUGAACUUUUGGCAUAUUACCUUUCUUAUAGUGAGACAAGUGGAUUGAAAGGGGUAAAACUGUUAUAGCUAUUGAGAUGGAGAAAAAUAUAUGUUGGUUCCAAAAAUUCAAUAAUUAUUUAUGCACUCGCUCAGUCAUUUAUAUUCAACAAAUAAAAUGACUGCCUACUAUUAACUGGGCACUGUGACUAAAUAUUAAAUAAAUGUUGAAUUAUUAUAACUUAGCUAUCAUUUAUUGAGCACUUAUUAUAUGCUAGACACUGUGUUAAGUGCUUUGCAUAAGCACUGAUAUUACCUUUAAGUAGGUGAAGAAACUGAAGUAAAGAGAGCUCAAUUAUACUAAUGUCAUAUAGCUGGUAAAUAGCAGAGCUAGGAUUUGAUCUCAGUCAGUCUGACAUCCUGCCAGAUUUGGCUCUUUACUUAAAUUACUGUUUCACACAUGUAAAUUUUAUUAUUUUUUUAAAUCCAAAGAAAAAGGAAUAAAAUAUUUUGAACUAAUUAAAUAUUUUAAAGUUUUAAUCAGUAACAUAUAUGCCAACUGCCCCGGAUUUCCAUAAAGAAGUUGUCUUUGCUUUGUAGAUGAGCAUUAAUUUUCUAUGUCUCUAAAUGAGCAUGUAGGUAGAAUUUGGGAUAUUGAAGCCCCAAAUAAAUUUUCAUUCCUAACAUUUAUUUAGAUGGUGUUAAGGGGUAUUUUCAUUUCACCUUCUAUGUAUAUCCUUUAUUAACAUUAAUAAAUAUUAAUAAUGGAUAUAUAUUUAAAAGGAUACUUUUGUUUUGAAAUAGGGGAGAGGAAAAUUUAUGCUGCAAUAAUACCAGAGUUUCCAGAGGAAGAUGUUUUGAAAUUGUUUGUCUAAACACAUUUUAUUUGGGGUUCAGUAUGAAUUUUCAAUAGAUGUUUUCUAGAUAAGAAGGCAGUAAUUCAAAUGCAAUUAUAUAAACAAGAAGAUCAGAGAGGAAUUACCCUGAAGGAUAUAAAAUGAACCAAGAGCUUUUAGUUUGGGUCAUUACACCAUCAGCUCACCAAUGCAAAGUAAGCAUGACUGCUAUCUACCUGAUGUCCAUGCUUUUUGGCCUUGCAUGUGGGCAAGCAAUGUCUUUUUGUAUUCCAACUGAAUAUACGAUGCAUGUUGAAAGGAAAGAAUGUGCUUAUUGCCUAACCAUCAACACCACCAUCUGUGCUGGAUAUUGUAUGACACGGGAUAUCAAUGGCAAGCUGUUUCUUCCCAAAUACGCUCUGUCCCAGGAUGUUUGUACAUAUAGAGACUUCAUGUACAAGACUGUAGAAAUACCAGGAUGCCCACCUCAUGUUCCUCCUUAUUUCUCCUACCCUGUAGCUGUAAGCUGUAAGUGUGGCAAAUGCAAUACUGACUAUAGUGACUGCAUACAUGAGGCCAUCAAGACAAACUAUUGUAUCAAACCUCAGAAUUCCUAUGUGGUAGGAUUUUCUCUCCAACUUCAAUAACAAUGUAAUUUGCAAUUCAGUUAAAUGUGUUUACCUGGAAUAAAACUAAUAAAAUAUCAAUAUAUUUCACAAUAUCUUGUGUGCAUUUUGAGUAUGAUUUCAUCCAAACCCAUAUCAGUACAGGCAUAAGAGCUUUAGAAGAAAAGGCGAGAAAAGCCUUUUGAGCUCUUAUGUUUUCCACAUGAAAGGGCAGAGUGCAAGUAAAAUGGAGAAUAUGGACAUGAAAUACUAACGAAAGCUAGCCUUGAGUAAGCUCUCUUAACAGAGGACCAUGACGUUUGUCUUGACAUAGAAAAUAAAUGUGGGAAUGUUACAGAGCCAAAAGGGAAGAGUAAGGUGAUCAGAAGCUGAAGAAGCAUAUGGCAUCAGGGUAUUAUAGAUACCUACCUUCAAAAGGCUAGAAGCAGGACCGUAGUGGAGGCAGAAAUUAAAGAGUAUGUGAAAUCUGCCAUAGAGUAGUUUAUUCCAGCCAUUCAAAUGUACAGGAUAAAACUUCACCAAAACUCAGUAAAUAGUAUAGUCUAUUCUAAUAAUCUUUCCCUUUAAUUACUCUGAUGGGCCAACUGACUUAGGAAAGUUAUACCCCAAAAGCCUAGAAAAGAGGCCAUGAUCAUUUUACAUGCAGAACUCUAAAUCCUUUGUAGUCUUUCAAGUAAUAGGAGACAUUUCCCAACAUUUGUACAAAAAGCAACUUGUGCUCUUUUGGCUUUUGAUGUCAUGAAAAUCUAGUAUGGUUAUGAUUUUAGGGACGGGGGAGAGUGCUAAGGGGUUUAAUAGCACAGAAUCAUCCUAAAUUCUAAUCUAAAACUUCACCAAUAUUGAGAUAUUGUUUUCCAGUAAAUGUGCUUGAUUAGUUGAUGUUUGUUUUUCUUUUCCUUCCUUAGGCACUCUUUCAAGAGUUUGAUUUCAACAGAUGUGGGAAGUGAGACAGAUCUAGUGCUCUGCAGAUUUGACCUAAAAAAGACAAUUUAUCCUGAAUUUAUCCAUUUAUUUCCAACCAAACUGCUACCAUCAGGAUAUAAAUCAGUUAUAUCCAAAUGGAUUGCCUUCAGAAGGAGGAAAUAAGUCAUCUCUGAUGUAUCUCCUCUAGGGUUCUGUGGCACGUGAUGGUACAGGACCGUGACUUCCAUGUCCAGGCCCAGCCUCCUCUCUGCAGGUUGCGGAAGCCAAUUUAAGUAAUGCUUUCUGAGCUGGACUAUUUAUAAGGGGCCUUCCUAAACAGGUCAGCAGGGCCUGUUGGUUUUGCUGUAUUCCACAGUCACUGUUGCUUCAGCUGAGCAUCCUGUCAAUGCUUAUAUGCUGACAGUAUACGGGGGAAGGUGAGGCAUAGAGGGAGUGUACCAAGACCAUGGGGCGAGAAUAGUUAUACAUUUAUAUAAAAAGUCAGGAAACCACAUUUUCCUUACCUUAAAAUCUGAAGUUCGUAUUAGCAUAGUCUCCAAAUAUUAAUCUGGGGCUUUGGGUUCACAUAUCACUUGGUAACAUGGACCCUAAAGCUGCAGGUUUAUAACACCCCCUAUAGAAGCUGUAUAUCAAAUAUACAUUUUUGAGUAAUGAGUAAAAAGUCUGUUGUGCAGACCUAACUGGCAUUAAUCACAUAUCCCUUUCAUGGAAUCUGAAACAUAUUUUCCAAGGACUUGAAUUUUGAAAAGGCUGAGAGGUUUAGGGAGGCCCCUUAUAAAUAGUCCAGCUCAGAAAGCAUUACUUAAAUUGGCUUCCGCAACCUGCAGAGAGGAGGCUGGGCCUGGACAUGGAAGUCACGGUCCUGUACCAUCACGUGCCACAGAACCCUAGAAGAGAUACAUCAGAGAUGACUUAUUUCCUCCUUCUGAAGGCAAUCCAUUUGGAAUAUAUACAUAAAUUAUAUUAAACUAUUCUUGAAGGUGGAGUUGUCCAAGACAAAGAGUCCUUAGGAGAGAGCUUAGUGAUUAGGUUAUUAGAGCAUAACCAAAUAUUUGCCUCAACUGGAUCCAGAAACUUGGGUAUAUGGAAAUGCUGUUUGGAGGGUAUCAGUGUUCUUGAGGUUUAUUUCUCUAAGAGAAGGAGAAUGAACAGAGAACUUAAAAAAAGGAAAGUGUUUGUGUAAUAAGAGUAAGAUAGAAACUUUGGAACAUCUUCCAUAGUGGUCUUAAAUUCAACCUUAAGUUUCAAGGAGUCAGUUCUUGGCAGAGGAAGUUUGAGACUCAGUGCUUUAAAAAAAAGUCCCUCUUGUUCCUUAUUUGACUAUGAAAUAGUCUGCCAGUUCUUUUGUAACUAAAUGGAUUUGUGAUCAGUGCAGCCGCAAUCUCUGCUUCUCUAAUGGCCAGACCCUUUAGGAGUAAGAAAAGAAAUAAAAGGCAUCCAAAUUGGAAAGGAAAAAGUAAAACUUGCUAUUUGAAGACAACAUGAUACUAUAUAUUCCACCCAAAGACUCCACCAAAAGCUCUUAGAGUAAAAUAAUUCAGUAAAAUUGCAGUAUACAAAAAUCAAUAUACAGAAAUUUGUUGCAUUUCUAUACACAUAUAACAAACAGUCAGAAAGAGAAAUUAAGAAAACCCUCCCAUUUACCACUGCACCAAAGGAAAUACCUAGGAAUAAAUUUAACAAAGAAAUGAAAGACUUACACACUGAAAACUAUAAGACAUUGAUGAAAGAAACUGAAAAAGACACAAAUAAAUGGAGGGAUAUUCCAUGCUUAUGGAUUGGAAGAAUUAAUACUAUUAAAAUGUCCAUACUAUCCCAAUCUACAGAUUUAAUGCAAUCCCUAUCAAAGUUCCAAUAGCAUUUGCACAGAACUAGAACAAACAAUUCUAAAAUUUGUGUGGAACCACAAAGACCCUGAAUAGCCAAAGCAAUAUUGAAAAUAAAAGAACAGAGGUGGAAGCAUCACACUUACUCAUAUCAAACUGUAUUAUAAACCUAUAGUAAUCAAAACAGUAUGGUGCUGGCAAAAAAGCAGACACAGAUCAAUGGAACAGAGUAGAAAGACCAAGAAUAAACCUACACUUAUGGUCAAUUAGUAUAAGACAAAGGAGGCAAGUAUAUAUAAUGGGAAAAAGACAGUCUCUCCAGUAAAUGGUGUCAAGUCAAAGAAUGAAACUUGGCCACUUUCUUACACCAUCUACAAAAAUAAACUUAAAAUGGAUUAAAGACUUGAAUGUAAGACCUGAAACCAUAAAACUCUUAAUGAAAACAUAAACAUUCAGUUCAUUGAUAAUGGUCUUGGCAAUGACUUUUUGGAUUUGACACCAAAAACAAAGACAACAAAAGCAAAAAUAGACAAGUAGGACUACAUCAAACCAGAAAGCUUCUGUACAGCAAAGGAAACCAUCAACAAAAUGAAAAGGCAACCUGCUGAAUGGGUGAAAAUAUUUGCAAAUCAUCUAUCUGAUAAGGGGUCAAUCCCCAAUCCCCAAAAUAUAAAGAAUUUAUAAAACUCAAUAGCAAAAGACCAAACAAUCUGAUUAAAAAAUGGGCAGAGAAUCUAAACAGACAUUUCUCUAAAGAAGAUAUACUGAAAAGAUUACUAAUCAUAAGGGGAAUAAAAGCAAUUCACAAUGAGACAUCACCCCACACCUUUCAGACUGGUUAUUAUCAAAAAGACAAAAAAAUAACAAGUGUUGGUGAAGAUAUGGAGAAAAGGGAAUCCUCAUACACUGUUGGUGGGAAUGUAAAUUGGUGCAGCCACUAUGAAAAACAAUAUGGAGGUUUCUCAAAAAAUUAAAUACAGAACUAUCAUAUCAUCCAGCAAUUUCACUCCUGGGUAUUUAUCUGAAGAAAAUGAAACACCAAUUUGAAGAGAUAUAUGCAUCCCUAUGUUGUUCACUGCAGCAUUAUUUACAAUAGCCAACAUAUGGAAACAACCUAAGUGUCCACCAAUGGCUGAAUGGUAAAGAAAAUAUGGUACAUAUAUACAGUGUUCUAGAAAACAUUUGAGUCUGAUAUCAAAUUAGUUCAGGUAAACAGACAUAACAAAGAUUUAUAUAUGUGUGUGUGUGUGUGUGUAUACAUAUACAUAUAUACAUACAUUUAAGUUAUAUAUACAUAUAUUCAAGAUAUAUACAAAUAUACCCUCACUUAGAGGUGGAAUUCUCUAAUUAUACUCAGCACAAAUUUUGGAAAAUAUUUACUCUCCAAAGGUGCACAUUAAUCAUAUAUGGAACAGAUCUCUAGUCUUCCAGUUUUAACUAUGGUAGUCUUCUUUAAGGUUGUUAAUUCAGAUAUGGAAUGAAAACUCACUUUUGUUGCAUCAGAGAUGAGUCUGAGCUAGAGGAAACCUCAGUAAGCACUUGGGCUGGUUUCCUGUCUUCAGGCAGAUAGAUGAACGAAAGCCACUGAGCGAGAUGGACUGUUUGUUCUUUGCUUAAAAGGUUUUAUUUCCAAACUACCAGGGUACAUGGGGUACUAUUUCAUGAAGUGACUUUCUUAAAAUAAUCUUUCAUUAGCUAAAGAUGCAGUAAAGUUGCUGUGUAAAAUUAAAUUUUUAGCUUAUUUCCAAUCUAGCUUUUUUUUUUUUAAAAAGAAAAGCUCUCUCCAAAGCCAGCUGAAGCAAGUAGGGCAGAAGGAGAACUGUGGCUCUGUGCAGGAGUGAGACUGUUUCAAAUGGGUAAGUCUUUUCAGCGAAAUGUUUUGUAAGACUUCCUGGGGAGUGCACACUUUCCUUCAAUGCACACCCAAAGACUUGUGUUCUUAGCUGUGUACAAACUCACUCGGGGUUUCCAGAGCCCACCAUACUUU